AUGAUUUUCUCUUUGUAUUUCCAGAUCAUUCUCUCGCUUUCUUUUUCUUUUCUUUUCCAUCUUUUUAACUUCAAGAAACACUUUCACUCUUUCUUCAUCACCACCAACAAUAAUCAUAAAUGCUCUAACCCUAACCCUAACCCUAACCCUAACCGUCCAGUUUCAUCUAAAUCAAAGCUUUUGAUCUCUCUUCCACCCAGCCCGACGAUCCAUGACAUGGUUUGUACAGAGAGUAUUGGAUUUGAAAGCACGCAGUUGGUAGACGAUUAUGAUUAUUCGAUAAUAGAUGAAAAUAUUGAAGGUGAUGAGGAUGAUCAUGAUGAAUAUUGUUCGAAGAAUACGACGGUUGUCGAAGAAGAAGAAGGUGUAAAUGGCAAUAAUAUGUUUCCGCCUCCGCUAUCGUCGUUAGGCGGUAACGGUCUACCGAGAUAUAUUCUGAUACCGGUGAGGAUGAACGGAAGAUUACAGCUUAACAAAAUGAGCGUAAAGAGACCUAAAACUGUUUACGCUGAUAGAGAAGAUGGAAGAUUGAGAUUGUUUCUUGUUACAGAUGAAUGUCAUAUGGAAGAGGAAGAAGAGGAAAUGGUUGAAGAGAAUAGGUAUGAUUAUGAGGAAGAUGAUAGGGUUAGAGAGUGGAAUGAUAAUGAAAAAUAUAGAAAGAGGUAUCACUGUCACCAGCAAUUGGUGAAUAAUCAUAUUCAUGGAAGUCAUGGCAAUUUACUCAUGUAUGGAGUUGGUAUUGUGUGA